AUGCUUGAACUUAGUGCUAUCAAUAUGCUCAUUUUUCUCAGCCUCUUCUUGUUCUUCUUUGUCAUUUUCAUCGCCUGUGAAAUCUACCUGCACUGUGUGGCAAAACCAAUGGAUUACUUCAGUGAAGCUAAAAAAUUGAAUGAAGAAGACGUCAAGCGAAACCACGGGACCAAAAGCGGGCGAGUCGGGAUUUCCGAGCAACAGAUUGGACCUCACAAAACUUUUGAAAUCAGAGUAUAA